AAUGCACAUCCGGGGCUGUAUUUUCGGAGAAGUCAUAUUUUUUUAUGAAUCAUAACUUGUUAUGAUGGGGAGCGCGCGUGGCGUGCAACAGGUCGCCGUACAGUAGCGGGGACGCGCAUCUCACCGCCGUAUUUUGCGCUUGUUUCCAAACAUUGGCGUUUAUAGCGUAUCACCGUCGUGUACGCGAACAUAUCGGCAAGAUGGCACGGAAAAUACGAAUGCGUUGUUGGCACAAUAGAGGAGCCUUCUUUGAAAAAAAUACAUUUUCUGUUUCGACUGUUUGAUUACUACGGCGAUAUUAGAGUAUCUUCUACUUUCUCUUUGACAAAAAAUGGUCGAUCAUGCAAUUACGUGCAUGUUUUCAACGUAAUUAAUUAAUGUUUUUAUCUUUUAAUUUUGGUCGAAAAUCACUGCCGAUAAUAUAGUAAAAGGCACCAUAUCUUCCUACAGAAUUUAUACAAGUCCGGCCUUAAACUGUCUGUUAUAGGCUUAUAAAGAAUAUUAGGCUACUUAUCGUGUCUCACAAUGGAAGAUCUGUUUUAAAUGGUUUAUACACAAAUCAAUUCUUAGGCUAUUUCAAAUGCCUCGUGACGACCUAUUAGCCUACAAUCAGACUUUACAUCAAGCAUCAGAUGCGUUUGUUAUUCCAUUCAAGUCUCAUUGAGACGUAAAGGGGGUGGCGGUGUCGAUGAGGUGGUGGGUGUCACAGGGCCCGGGUGAAAAAUGAUUUUCUUCAUCACACUGCAUGUGUGUUUCUUUCACUACCUCUCUCCACGUGGUAAGCAGUCGGGAUGAGGGUGAAUAGGGAGCAUUGUGCAUCCAGUCAGUGGCCUUAUGUGCUGGAGAGGCUCUGAGAGGGUGAUGCUCACUCAGCUGUGCUCCCUCAACGCCAUUGUUGCAAAUUCCACCUCAUUUCAGCCGCUCUGUUUACUGAGUUGACACAGGAGCCUGUUUUAGAGGCGACUGGAGCAUCCAGCGAGCUCACACAAACCUUACACCUCCAAGAGGUGUGUGUGCGCGCGCAUUUGCUAUAAGGUGUACUGUGACAAAAUUUAGUUUGAAUAUGCAAAAAUUGGAGCUGGAGAUGGCUUUUGCGGCCACCUGUGCGCACAGUUUUCAUACAUUAUGCACAAGACGAGACACACCGUGAGGUUUAGAUUUAUAGGAUCGUAAUCAGGGCACGAAAGCUUAGGAAGGGGCCAUAAUGCGAUGAACUGGGCGUCAAUUUAUGAGGGUUUACUAAAGAGAGGCAGUGGACUCUUGGCUCAAAAGAAGGGGUGUUCACUCGCCAUUUGAAUGCAAAGUAGUAGAUGAACAAGUGAGCUGUGUGUGUGUGUGUGUGUGUGUAUUUGUAAGGAAGGAGGGCCAACGGUGAGUUUUGAGAAAAGGGAGAACUGUCGAGGGAAACUGUCACAUGGCACUUUAGCUCUGUUUUUCUUUCUCUACGCCACAAUGCCACCAACGUGGAUAAGCUUUGUUGAGACGAAUCAGCCCGGAGCAUAUUGUAACAAUUUUGGAAAUAGUACUUUUAGUUUUUCUCUAUUUUUUCUCUACCUCUUAGUAAUCUAGACACCAACUUUUUCCAGUGUGCAGGGAGACAGAAUAAAAGUUGUCUGUUGGCCAAUGCGCAACCUCGUCGGUCCCAUCCUGCAGAAGCAUGUCCCGUCGGAAACAGAAACGACCCCAGCAGCUUAUGAGCCUGACCCUCGGUGCCAGUCGGAUACUUGAGCAUGAUGACAACUUGGCAUUGAAGUCACAACCCUUUCCACUUAUCCUGGACUCUCCCUUGUGCUCUCCAUCCACCUCUCUUCAAAGCUCCCAGUUGCCCCUUGCACUUCGUUCAUCUCUCAAGGGCUCUCAGACCCCCUCUCUACCCACUGAGGGUCCACUGCCAUCCUGCUCAACAAGCCAGCCCUCCCACCAGCCUCUCAAAGACCCACAGCCCUCCCUCUCUCCUAAAUUCAGUAACUCUUCUCCCCCUUACAAGGCUAAACAUCCACCUGCCCUUCGACUGUUUGACUGCAAUCCUACGUCAUCUUCAAGUGCCCUAAUCCCAUCCUCUAGAAGUACAAACAUGGCCUCUCCAAAGUUAGGACUUUCUGCUACUACUACAACCUCCUCUUCUUCUUCAUCGUCCUCUGCCUCCCUUUGUCCUCCACCACACCCUGGUAGUCCUAGUCGUGUGCCAGAGGGCCCCCCAAGUCCUGUUACUCCAACUCCCAGCCCAGGAGUCGCGUCUUCUUCAUCUGCACCCUCUAGAGCCCAACUGAGCAUUGCCCUGAUCCUGGAGGAGCUGAGGGUGCUGCAGCAAAGACAGAUCCACCAGAUGCAGAUAACAGAGGAGAUCUGUAGACAGGUGCUACGCCUUGGUGGCACUUCGUAUUCCAUAGACACACCAUCCCAGCAUCUCCUUCCUUCAUUACCUCAGCUCUGCCUUGAAGGCAGCAAAAGGGCAGCCAGCCCAACUGCUGAGCCAACUGUAACUGCACCUUCCACCUCUAUGGCUCCUCUCCUGGCAUGCUUCUCCUCCCUUUUGCCUUCUCAAGCAACUAACAAACCAACAAAGCCAAGCAGUUCAUUGUCUCAAAUCCUGCAGCCCCACAAGACCCAGAUGGAAGGGGCAGGAGGGGCCACAGGGGCUCAAGAUUAUCUGAGGGGAAGUUCUUGGACAACAGCUACCCCCACCUCCUCCUCUGCUGCCAUUUCAAUGGCCUCAUCAAACUGUCCACUUGCCCUGUCUUUAGCUAUGCCCAACAGCUAUCUUCAUGAGAAAUCUUCAAAUACCCCUUCAUCGAAUGGGAACAGUGGCAUGUCCUUCCUAAACUCAACUCUCUCUGCUUCAGUCCCCAUGGUCUCAAACUCCCAACCUACUCUUCAAUCUGUCUCAGGAGGAGCAGAAUCCUCCUCUGUGUCCAGCUCCACUACUACUGGUCGCCUCGCACAUGCCUGUCGCUUUUGUGGUAAAACUUUCAGCAGUGACUCCUCACUGCAGAUACAUCUUCGCUCACACACAGGGGAACGACCCUACCAGUGUCCUGUGUGCCUAAGCCGCUUCACCACACGAGGAAACCUCAAGGUUCACUUCCUACGCCAUCGUGAGCAAAACCCAGAGCUCUCACUGUCACUCCUUCCACCUUCUUUGUUUGGGGUAGCAUUAGGAGCCACUAGGGGAUCAGAUAUGGGACAGGCCAUGAGCAGUGGUGGCAAUACUAGUGGUAUGAAUAUGAUACAGAAGAAGCCAAAAAACAGGCCUGAGGAUGAAACAUGUGGAGAUCAUUUGGAGAUUAGUGGAACUGGCUCUGGAUUUUCUCUGGGGGCCUCUGGAGGAUCUGCCCCUUCUACCCUACCUCUGCCCCCAAGCGUGGAUCUGGCUUUGAUUUCCCACUCACUCCUACAGCUCAAUAGGGCUGCAGCUGUAGCCGCUGCAGCUUCUAUCACUUCCGGCUCAUCUCAGUCAUCCUCUUCUUCAGCCUCCACCUCUUCUCUGGCUACCUCCCUCCUCUCAAACCCUUCUUUGUCUUCAUCUGCCAUUGCAGGGUUGUUCAAGGGCACUAAGCAGCAGCAUUUUGACGAGAAUACUCCCCCUCACGCCCCAAUGCUUUCACCUGCAGCUUACUCCCAGCUAGCCCACCUACCCAAGCUUCUCUUUCCAUCUGUCUCCACUUCUUCCUCUACCCCUGCUGCACACGCCUCCCUUUACAACCAUCCAGCCUUGGGCUUGCUGCGCAACCCACUACCCUCUACUCCAGGGUCUCACCAACUUGCUUCUUCUAGCCAUUCUCAGCUUUCAUUCCCUUUUUCUUCCUUUCCUAAAGUUCAAGGUCCUUCCUCUACUACUCCCUCCUCCCUGCCAUCUUCUAUGGCUACCUCCACUCCUACAUCUGAAACCUCAAAGCUGCAGCGGCUUGUGGAGAAGCUAGAAAAGAUGCCUCCCAGCUCCUCUGCUCCAUGGACUUCAUCUUCUACGUCCUCCUCCAUGCUGGAGAUGUUAGCUAGCGGUACCACUACCUCUUUAGCAAGUUCAACCAACAGGGGUUUCACAAAUGCCAGCACUUGUACAACAUAUGUCAUGGCGACCCCACCAUCUUCAACUCUAGUCUCCACUUCUGUUUCAAACUUUACCCAUGAGAUGGUUGCUGCCCUAGGCAUGAGUGCUAAUGGAAGAAAUGCCAUGGCCGGGGGCUUGCUACCAUCAUUAAACAUCACAGGACCAGCUGGUAACCUAGCAAUCAAUCAGUGUGGAGUGUGUCUACGGGUGCUGAGUUGUCCCAGAGCACUCCGUCUGCACCAGGCUACUCACCUUGGAGAACGCCCUUUUCCAUGUAAGAUAUGUGGCAGAUCCUUCUCUACCAAAGGUAGCCUGCGGUCACAUGUGGCCACCCAUCAUGCCCGUCCACCAAAUGCACGUGUCCAGAACUCUUGCCCACUGUGCCAGCGCAAGUUCACAAACGCCCUAGUGCUCCAGCACCAUAUCCGUAUGCAUCUUGGUGGACAAUUGCCCACAGAUGGCACAGAUGAUUCUGCAAAUGAGAUACCAGCAGAAUCUAAUGCCAAACCCUCAAAAUCUCAAGCCCAGUCCACUGACCCAAAUACUGCCUCUAGUAAAACACCUCCUCUAGCAGGCUACUCAAAGAACCCAGCUCCAAGCUCCCAAUUUCAAAAUCCGACAGUCAGCUCUGUCCCUGUCUCUGGUAGUAUGAAAUCAGAUGAAUUAACCAAAAAUCCCGGCAAGUCUGGGUCCCCAAGCCUGGACCUCAUUCCACCCUCUGACCUUAGCCCUGAUCCCUUCAUGGAUACCACCAAACAAAUUUCACCAUCUGGCAGUGUAGACCCCUCUGUUCUUUGUGUCAGUGCUCCCUUGCUAGCCUCCCAGCAGAUUGAUGAAGCUUCCCCAGUUGGCAAAGACAAACAAGUUGAACAACAAGCCAUUGCUGAUGUCAGUCUCUCUAAAUCCUCAUCCUCACCAAUUUCCUCCACGGUUACCAAAACCACAGCAUCAUCUAAUUCUGUGGAAGUUGACCGUGGAGAGGAUGAAGCAUCUACCUCCUCCUUCCUUGGCUCCAAAUCUAACAUGGAAGACUCACAAAGUGCACCUGGCCUUGAUGCCCACUUUGCUUACACUUGUCCUAGCACUUCCUCCAACCCAAUCCUUAGUCAAGAUGCACCCAGUGUUAAUGUGACAUCAACUUUACAAUCAGAAUCAGUUUCCCCAAGACCCCAAUCACCAGAACCAAUGGACGAAGACAAAGAUCAGUCUCCUCCACCAGCAACACCAAAGCAAGACCAAGCAACUGUGCUUGAUGAGGACCCAAAAAAGGUGCCCACUUCAGACACUGCUGACACCUCUAGUUCUGAAGUACGGGGUGCAUCACAAAGAGCUGCCACUUUUGUAAGGGAGACACGCCAGAGCUUUCAUUUGGGUUUAUAUGGGAGGGAGGACCCAAUGGAAAAUGUAAAGAUUAGUGGAUCGGACCCAAGUGAAGCAAUGGAUGAUUCUGUCCCCAUUAGCCUUGCUCCAACCCUCCCAUCUCCAAUGUCUCGUCCUGAGAAGAAGACCUAUUGCUGUGCAGAAUGUGGAAAGGAGUAUGCCAGUCGCAGCGGACUGAAGGGGCACAUGAAGCACCAUGGUGUGGUAACCAAAACGACACGUCCAUCAGGCCGGAGUAGUCGUUCCUCUGCUGACCAGCUUCAGUCUUCUACAUCCAUGACAUCCUUGAACAUUCCUGCCACAAGGAGCUCAGCAGGAUUCUGGAACCAGUACCAAGCCUAUCUCAACCCCAGUAACGAGUCAAGUGAUAACCCAACCACUGGAAACCAAGAAGAGACUGAGUUGGAACAGUCUCCAAAAACACCUGUUCAGUCUCAGAUGGAUCCAAGAAUCCCUGAUGAAACUGGAGAAGAGUCUAGUGAUGGGUAAUAACUUUGGUCAACGUGAUAGGCCUGAUAAUAUUCUGGUGUUUUCAAUCAAUGUUUACUUUUUGGUGAAACUGUAUGGGCAUUUGUGUAGUACUGCUUCCUUAAUACAUUUUAGUAGCCUGUCAAUUUGAUAGUCACAGUAAUAUGUUUGUAUGUGAAAGUUGUGAGUCAACCAGCUUGGUCCUGUGUUUAAAAAAGAGACAGCUAUUGUAAAAAUGAAAAUAUUCCGAAUGUGACAAAUUUUCCAGUUUUUGCUGGAUAUGAUAAAAAUGUGAUAUAACAUUUAUCUGGCUGAAGUUGUCAAAAGCUUGAUGCACUUUCUAACAAAAUAUCCCUGUUGUGUCAAUGUUUCAUAUCAGAUGGUCAAGUUAGUGAUUAUCGCCCCACCCCCAAUUACUUAGUGCAGAUAGCAGACAGGCAAGGUUUAACACAUAUGAACCAAUCUGAUAUAAUAAAUGAGUCACAGAGAAUUACACUUGAAGAAUAGUUAAAAACUGUACAUCAGUAAAUAAGCAAUUUUGGACUCAACAUGUCUUGCCAAAAAACAAAUUUGAUCCAACUGGCACCAAAGGAUGCUCAAGCUAACCAAAAGAAAAUUAAUCUGCAAAUUUAUCCCAACCUGUUAGUUUUAUAUUAAAAGUAUUUUGUAAGAUUACUGUGGAAACUGCUAGAAAUGAUGAUACGAGGAAAUGGAGGGAAAAAAGUUUUGCUUGUUUUGCUUAACUUAUUCAUAGAACUUUUUUGGCUUGCCAGGACAAUACAUACAGACAAAUUAAACUUCUGAUAGAAAUAAACUACUCAUUCAAGUUUUAGUGGUUAACUUUUGACCACAUUGUCUAACGAGAAACAUAGCUGCAGCGUUUGUGAAGCCAGUUAGGACAUGGUCUUCCGUGUGACCUUUGACAUUCAGCUUUGUGAAUAUUAUGAUUGUUGUUUGGUCCAGAAGUUAUAUGUGUAACACUUUUUCUUCAUUUACUAAAACUUUCUAUAAAAGUCUGUCUGUUUGUUGUAGGAUUUACUUUCAGUAUCUCCAUAUUAAAAACCAAUUUGGAAAAACAAA